UAAAACUUGAAACAUGGGAAGAUUAGGUUUUUAACCCCGUCGCCCUUUUACUCGCCGCCUACGUUUUACUGUCCCAAAAUCAAAAUUCUCUGCCGCUUCCCAGUUUAUAAUCAUAUACUAGUCUCUACACAUACAAAAUGUCUUCUCCGGUGGAGCAUGAAAGCUGCAGCAACACCACCAUCUUCCAACCAGACAGUUGCUUAACCCCCUUCCCCCAAGCUCCCUAUCCACUCUUCUCGCAGCCUCAGAAGCUCCGGCCCAUUCGCCGGACCUCCGACGAUAUGACUCAGCAGCCUUGCUUGGUCAACGAGGCCAGGUGUGAUACGGCGUCGUUUGUUUCCAAGGCGUUUCAGGAUUAUAAGGCGCAAUCGGAUGCUCAGCUUCUCGAUUUCAUUUCUCAGGCGACUUCUUUCGAUGCUCAGUUCAGCUCCUCUUCGGAUGAUGAUAGUGAGUCAUCAGAAGCAGUGAAAGAAUCGACAAACCGAAAGAGGAAAAGAAAAAGAAACUCUCUAGAGUUGCUUAUGGAGAAUAUUAUGAGGAAAGUCAUGUACAAUCAAGAGCGGAUGCAUAGACAGUUGUUGGAUAUUUUAGAGAAGAAUGAAGAGGCGAGACUCAUUAGGGAAGAAGCUUGGAAACAGCAGGAGAUUGAAAGGGCCCAAAGGGACGAGGAGUUACGAAGAGAGGAGGUAUCUCGCAGCCUGGCUCUCAUAUCCUAUGUACAAGAUUUGCUGGGCCAUGAAAUUCAAAUUCCAAAAUCUUGUGAAGUCUCAUGCGCUGAGAAAAACGAGCAAGAAUUUAGCAAUCUUGGCAAUUGUGAUACUGAUCCUAAUAAUAAGGGAUGGCGCAAAUCUGAAGUACAAUCCCUUAUAACUGUUCGAGCUGCUUUGGAUCAUAAGUUCCUGAAUGGUCACAAAGGCUCUCUAUGGGAAUUGGUAGCAGCCAGAUUAUUCAGGAUGGGGUACAACCGCACUGCAAAGAAGUGGAAAGAAAAAUGGGAGAGUAUCAAUAAUAACUACAGGAAGACAUUGGAGUGUGAAAAGAGCUGUUCUGGUUAUUCAAAAUCAUGCCCCUAUUUUCAAGAACUUGAUAUCUUAUAUAAAAGCGGACUAAUAACAUUAGUAAAUGCAACCGGCAAUAUUUAGAUUGAAAUUGAGGACGGCUGUAGAAGUAGCAUACAUGUUUAGCCGAGGUAUUCACUGUCAUUCAAAGUACCUUCAAAAUGAAAAUUUUCUCUGUACUUUGAUUGUCAUUUUUUAUUUCGUGUACUCUCUCCGGUUGUUCCAGAUUGUAGUCCUGAAUCUAUGAAGCUGGCCUCUAUUUAAGUCUUCCUUGAAAGUGAAGUAAUCUAUCUGGGAUGUCAUUAAGUAUUAUAACUUGUUACUGUUUUGUAUUUAGAUUGUACUUUUUAAGUGACUAUUUUGCUCCUGGAUUC